CUCAGGUUUACUAUGCAAAAAAGAAGCGACGACAUCAACAGGGACAAGGAGAUGAUUCUAGUCACAAAAAAGAGCGGAAGGUUUAUAAUGAUGGAUAUGAUGAUGACAACUAUGACUACAUUGUGAAAAAUGGGGAAAAAUGGAUGGAUCGUUAUGAAAUUGAUUCUUUAAUAGGCAAAGGUUCAUUUGGACAGGUUGUAAAGGCAUAUGACCGUGUGGAACAGGAGUGGGUAGCUAUUAAAAUUAUAAAGAACAAGAAGGCUUUCCUAAAUCAAGCCCAAAUUGAAGUGCGACUUCUCGAGCUUAUGAACAAACAUGACACAGAAAUGAAAUAUUACAUAGUACAUUUGAAGCGUCAUUUUAUGUUCCGAAACCAUCUCUGCUUAGUUUUUGAAAUGCUCUCCUAUAAUCUUUAUGACCUUCUACGGAAUACAAAUUUCAGAGGGGUUUCAUUGAACUUGACGCGAAAGUUUGCACAACAGAUGUGUACUGCACUGCUUUUUCUUGCAACUCCUGAACUUAGUAUCAUUCACUGUGAUCUAAAACCUGAGAACAUCUUGCUAUGUAACCCCAAACGAAGCGCGAUCAAAAUAGUUGAUUUUGGCAGUUCUUGCCAGCUUGGACAGAGGAUAUAUCAAUAUAUCCAGAGUCGUUUUUAUCGAUCACCUGAGGUGCUAUUGGGAAUGCCUUAUGAUCUUGCAAUUGAUAUGUGGUCCCUUGGUUGUAUCUUAGUGGAAAUGCACACCGGAGAACCUCUUUUCAGUGGAGCAAAUGAGGUUGAUCAGAUGAAUAAAAUAGUGGAGGCUUUGGGUAUACCACCUGCUUAUAUUCUUGACCAAGCACCAAAAGCAAAAAAGUUUUUUGAGAAAUUGCCAGAUGGCUCUUGGACCUUAAAAAAGACCAAAGAUGGGAAAAGGGAGUACAAACCACCUGGAACCCGUAAACUUCACAAUAUACUUGGAGUUGAAACAGGAGGACCAGGAGGGCGUCGUGCUGGGGAGUCUGGUCAUACUGUAGCUGACUACUUGAAGUUUAAAGACCUCAUCUUAAGGAUGCUUGAUUAUGAUCCAAAAACCCGAAUUCAACCUUAUUAUGCUCUGCAGCAUAGUUUCUUUAAGAAAACAGCAGAUGAAGGUACAAAUACAAGUAACAGUGUGUCUACAAGUCCUGCUAUGGAACAGUCACAAUCUUCAGGAACCACUUCUAGCACAUCUUCAAGCUCAGGUGGCUCUUCGGGGACAAGCAACAGUGGAAGAGCACGGUCAGAUCCAACACACCAGCAUCGACAUAGUGGUGGACACUUCACUGCUGCUGUACAAGCUAUGGAUUGUGAAGCGCACAGUCCUCAGGUUCGACAGCAGUUUCCUCCUCCUCUUGGUUGGCCAGGAACUGAAGCUCCUACACAAGUUACUGUUGAAAACCAUCCAGUUCAAGAAACCUCUUUCCAUGUUACUCCUCAGCAACAAAAUGCAUUACAUCAUCAUCAUGGAAAUAAUUCCCACCACCACCAUCACCACCACCAUCAUCACCACCAUCAUCAUGGACAGCAGGCCUUGGGUAGUCGGACCAGGCCAAGGGUCUACAAUUCUCCAACAAACAGCUCGUCCACCCAAGAUUCCAUGGAGGUGGGCCAUGGUCACCACUCCAUGACAUCCCUGUCUUCCUCAACAACUUCUUCCUCUACAUCUUCCUCCUCAACUGGUAAUCAAGGCAAUCAGGCCUAUCAGAACCGCCCUGUGGCUGCUAACGCGUUAGACUUUGGACAAAAUGGAGCUAUGGACGUCAAUUUAACGGUCUAUUCUAAUCCACACCAAGAAACUGGCACAGCAGGACACCCAACGUACCAGUUUUCUGCUAACACAGGUCCUGCUCAUUACAUGACUGAAGGACAUCUUACAAUGAGACAGGGAAUUGAUAGGGAAGAAUCUCCCAUGACAGGAGUUUGUGUUCAGCAAAGUCCUGUGGCCAGCUCGUGACUAAACUGAAACAGAUUUGUUUCUUGUGUGUUUUUAUAGAAGUGGUGUUUUUCCAAAAAAAAAAAAAAAAGUGCAAAGCUGCUUGAAUCAGGAGGAGAUAGACUUAUUGAACCGCUACAGAAGGGCAAAGCUAACUAUUUUUUUAAACUUGAACAGAUUGCAGUGAAGUUUUUAGAGCCAUGUUCAUACCUAUCCUAGAUAGCUUUGAGAAGAUUUCUCACCUUUUUGCCCGUUUUAAUUAUUACAACCAAGUCACAUAUAUAUUUUUCCCCUUGUUCAACAGAAUGAAAAUUCAAGAGUUGAUCUUAGUUGCAAGCAUAUUUUAAGGCAUGCCCAGGAUCAUAUAAAUGGGCAUUUUGAAGUUUUUGUUUCUUUCUUUUUAAUAUUAAGGGGGAGGGAUGGGGAGUAAUAAUGAAUUUCCAUUCCCCAAACAUACAUGAACACAAAAAGCAGUACUGUAAGGAAGAGGGACCCUAAGAUUACAAAACAGAAUCUUUAGCUGUAAAAAGGAUGGUUGUAAUGGUGUCCAUGAGACACAUUAAGCAUGCUAAGUGGCGGUGAUUAAGACUCCUUAUCUGAACCUACUGAGAAUCAAAGCAGCAAUUAUAUUGGGAUUCUGUGUCUCAUGUUUGAGGCUACAAUCAGUUAGUAUUGAAAUAAGACUGGUCCUGUAAGUAAGGUGCACUGAGAAGCAAUCAGCAGGUUGGUCUUGACCAGUCCAGGGGAAGUCUUAAGUGGUGGUCUUUGGGAUAACCUUUGGCCUUAUGGAUUUGGACUCUAAGUUAGAAGAGCCUACCAUUUCAGAUGCAAUCACUUUGGGACAUGCUUUUGCAGACAGUCCUUAAUGCUGAAAACACAGAGAAUGGGUAAUUCAAGAGGCCUUUCUUUUAAAAUAGACUUUGUGACCCACAUAUUGUAAGGUAUUGCAAGGUCACUUUGCGUGUGUCAUAAAGCUGACUUCCUUAUUGGUUGAAGGUCACAGGAGUAGUGGUUUGCUUUUGAUGAAAAUAGCUACAACUGUGUUCCUCUCUGCUUUUCACUUUCUUUUUUUUUUCUUUCCUCCUAUGUCUUCUUCCUCUUUUUGCUUUUUCUGGGCACGUGGUUUCUCCACUGUUACUUCUGCACAAAGAUGUCUUCUGUUCGACCUGAACAUUUUUAAAAAUGCAGAAUUUUAUGUGACUGCUUUUUUGCCUCACAAUUAUGCUGUGAAUUUUACAAAUUUUUUUUCUUUUUUGAUAAUUUAUUGUACCAAAGCUGUUUUUAUAGCACAUAGAUGUCUGUAACCAAUAAUGUAGCAGUUCUGCACUUUGACACAAGGUGUAACUAGACCAUUUUUAAAUGUCAGUUGAAAAUUAUGGCUGUACUAUUGCUUAAACAAAACUGGAACUGUUGUUUAUUCAUAGCCAAUACAUUUACAACAGUCUGUGUAUUGAACAUGAUAGAUAGGACAUCUAAUUCAACACUGUAACAUCUGUUGCAUUAUAAAUGUGUUCAAGCUUCUGAAAGUAAAAGGGACAGUAAAGCCAGAAGCUAUGAAACCAGCAGUUAAUUUGUUGUAUCCCUUAUUAGCAUAAAUGUAAACCUGAAGGCAAGACCUUGAUUGCAUGAACAGAUCCAAAACACUAAGAUGAGUGAAGUAAAAAAAAAAAGGCUCAAGUGAAAUCUGAGGCUGAGUAGGCUGUACUUAACAGGAGGUCUGCUGCCUUAAUCAGUUUGGCAGUUGCUAAAUUUCAGAACCCUUUUGAAGAUUUUUGAAAUUACGAAUAUGAACAUUGUGAAUAAAAUAGAGGAAUUAGGGUAAUAAAGUGGUUAUCUUUCCAGAUUAACACUGUUUUGCCCUUUACACGAACAGAAGCAGUAAUCUACCUCUGCCAGUAAACCAGUUAAAGGCCAUUCAACAAAAUACCGUGCACUUCAGACUGGUUAGUCCUUAUAGCAAACUAGGUUGGUUCUCCUGAACAAAUUUUUUUCUUUCUUUUUUAUAAUCAUUCCUUAUAUUGGCAACAAAGAGGCUGAAUGCAGUGGAAGUAUGAAAGAAUGCUUUAGAAAUAAGGAGUUUUUGUAAAGCAACUUUUUUAUCAAGGUAUCCAUAUUUAUUUUAUAUUGCGAUCUCAAGCCUGUGAAUUGAUGUUUUUGAACUUCUGCGGUUCAAAAAUGUUUGCUGGGCAAAAGGCUGUCAUCACAACAAUGGAGCAUUGAGCUUAGCAAUACAAAAUGGAAUCCAAUAUGUACUGCUGUCUAGGAAUAUAAGGGUAACAAAUAUGGGUAAUUUUUCUUGUGCUGGUUGCCAUACCUUAACAAGCACCAAAAAUACUGUUUUUAAAUUUACAUAAAGAAAAAUCAUAAACUCUAGUGCUUCUGCAUACUGUGUUAUGUUACAGUCCAGUUUUGUGUGCUUUACUACACAGUUUGGUUACAGGACUUCUGUGCAUUGUAAACAUAAACAGCAUGGAAAAGGUUAAAUACCUGUGUUCAGAUUGUAAGAUCUAGUCCGGACUUGCUGUGUAUAUUGUAACGUUAAAUGAAAAGACAAGCCCUUUGUAUUAUAGUCAUGCAGUCUUAUGUAUGAUAAACAGUUGAAUAAUUUG